AUGGAGAAAGAGCUCAGCGAAGACAGAUCCAGCGCCACUUCCAACGCAGAUCAGUUCGAAGAAGGGUCUUUCGACGACGUCACUGCCAUUUCCGAUCAGGAAGUCGUCAGUCAAGCACCCUUCGAAGUGGAAGACAGUUCCGAACUACCACAGCCGAGCACAGAAUUCGCUCAGCCAGUUCUUUCGAAACAGGAACUGGACCACAUCGCGUACAUCACGAGCCUAGCCGAAAGAUCAUCUUUCGAAGCUCCAGAACGACCUCCACUGCCUAGAAGAAUGGCUUCAGAACAACAAGAAAUGGAGAAAGAGCUCAGCGAAGACAGAUCCAGCGCCACUUCCAACGCAGAUCAGUUCGAAGAAGGGUCUUUCGACGACGUCACUGCCAUUUCCGAUCAGGAAGUCGUCAGUCAAGCACCCUUCGAAGUGGAAGACAGUUCCGAACUACCACAGCCGAGAACAGAAUUCGCUCAGCCAGUUCUUUCGAAACAGGAACUGGACCACAUCGCGUACAUCACGAGCCUAGCCGAAAGAUCAUCUUUCGAAGCUCCAGAACGACCUCCACUGCCUAGAAGAAUGGCUUUCAGAACAACAAGAAAUGGAGAAAAGAGCUCAGCGAAGACAGAUCCAGCGCCACUUCCAACGCAGAUCAGUUCGAAGAAGGGUCUUUCGACGACGUCACUGCCAUUUCCGAUCAGGAAUUCGUCAGUCAAGCACCCUUCGAAGUGGAAGACAGUUCCGAACUACCACAGCCGAGAACAGAAUUCGCUCAGCCAGUUCUUUCGAAACACGAACUGGACCGCAUCGCCUACAUCACGAGUCUAGCCGAGCAAUCAUCUUUCCAAGCUCCAGAACGGCCUCCACUGCCUAGAAGAAUGACUUUAGAACAACAUGAAAUGGAGAAAGAGCUCAGCGAAGACAGGUCCAGCGCUACUUCCGAUGCAGAUCAGUUCGAAGAGCGCUCUUUCGAUGACGACACUGCCAUUUCCGAUCAGGAUGUCGUCAGUCAAGCACCCUUCGAAGUGGAAGACAGUUCCGAACUACCACAGCCGAGAACAGAAUUCGCUCAGCCAGUUCUUUCGAAACAGGAACUGGACCACAUCGCCUACAUCACGAGCCUAGCCGAAAGAUCAUCUUUCGAAGCUCCAGAACGGCCUCCACUGCCUAGAAGAAUGACUUUAGAACAACAUGAAAUGGAGAAAGAGCUUAGCGAAGACAGGUCCAGCGCUACUUCCGAUGCAGAUCAGUUCGAAGAGCGCUCUUUCGACGACGUCACUGCCAUUUCCGAUCAGGAUGUCGUCAGUAAAGCACCCUUCGAAGUGGAAGACAGUUCCGAACUACCACAGCCGAGCACAGAAUUCGCUCAGCCAGUUCUUUCGAAACAGGAACUGGACCACAUCGCGUACAUCACGAGCCUAGUCGAAAGAUCAUCUUUCGAAGCUCCAGAACGACCUCCACUGCCUAGAAGAAUGGCUUCAGAACAACAAGAAAUGGAGAAAGAGCUCAGCGAAGACAGAUCCAGCGCCACUUCCAACGCAGAUCAGUUCGAAGAAGGGUCUUUCGACGACUUCACUGCCAUUUCUGACCAAGAAGUCGUCAGUCACGCGCCCUACGAAGUGGAAGAGAGCUCCGAACUACCACAACCGAGUUCAGAGUUCGCUCAGCCAGUUCUUUCGAAACACGAACUGGACCGCAUCGCCUACAUCACGAGUCUAGCCGAGCAAUCAUCUUUCCAAGCUCCAGAACGGCCUCCCCUGCCUAGAAGAAUGGCUUCAGAACAAUUUGAAAUGGAGAAAGAGCUCAGCGAAGACAGAUCCAGCGCCACUUCCAACGCAGAUCAGUUCGAAGAAGGGUCUUUCGACGACGUCACUGCCAUUUCCGAUCAGGAAUUCGUCAGUCAAGCACCCUUCGAAGUGGAAGACAGUUCCGAACUACCACAGCCGAGAACAGAAUUCGCUCAGCCACUUCUUUCGAAACAGGAACUGGACCACAUCGCCUACAUCACGAGCCUAGCCGAAAGAUCAUCUUUCGAAGCUCCAGAACGACCUCCACUGCCUAGAAGAAUGGCUUCAGAACAACAAGAAAUGGAGAAAGAGCUCAGCGAAGACAGAUCCAGCGCCACUUCCAACGCAGAUCAGUUCGAAGAAGGGUCUUUCGACGACGUCACUGCCAUUUCCGAUCAGGAAGUCGUCAGUCAAGCACCCUUCGAAGUGGAAGACAGUUCCGAACUACCACAGCCGAGAACAGAAUUCGCUCAGCCAGUUCUUUCGAAACAGGAACUGGACCACAUCGCGUACAUCACGAGCCUAGCCGAAAGAUCAUCUUUCGAAGCUCCAGAACGACCUCCACUGCCUAGAAGAAUGGCUUCAGAACAACAAGAAAUGGAGAACGAGCUCAGCGAAGACAGAUCCAGCGCCACUUCCAACGCAGAUCAGUUCGAAGAAGGGUCUUUCGACGACUUCACUGCCAUUUCUGACCAAGAAGUCGUCAGUCACGCGCCCUACGAAGUGGAAGACAGUUCCGAACUACCACAACCGAGUUCAGAGUUCGCUCAGCCAGUUCUUUCGAAACACGAACUGGACCGCAUCGCCUACAUCACGAGUCUAGCCGAGCAAUCAUCUUUCCAAGCUCCAGAACGGCCUCCCCUGCCUAGAAGAAUGGCUUCAGAACAAUUUGAAAUGGAGAAAGAGCUCAGCGAAGACAGAUCCAGCGCCACUUCCAACGCAGAUCAGUUCGAAGAAGGGUCUUUCGACGACGUCACUGCCAUUUCCGAUCAGGAAUUCGUCAGUCAAGCACCCUUCGAAGUGGAAGACAGUUCCGAACUACCACAGCCGAGAACAGAAUUCGCUCAGCCACUUCUUUCGAAACAGGAACUGGACCACAUCGCCUACAUCACGAGCCUAGCCGAAAGAUCAUCUUUCGAAGCUCCAGAACGGCCUCCACUGCCUAGAAGAAUGACUUUAGAACAACAUGAAAUGGAGAAAGAGCUCAGCGAAGACAGGUCCAGCGCUACUUCCGAUGCAGAUCAGUUCGAAGAGCGCUCUUUCGACGACGUCACUGCCAUUUCCGAUCAGGAAGUCGUCAGUCAAGCACCCUUCGAAGUGGAAGACAGUUCCGAACUACCACAGCCGAGAACAGAAUUCGCUCAGCCAGUUCUUUCGAAACAGGAACUGGACCACAUCGCGUACAUCACGAGCCUAGCCGAAAGAUCAUCUUUCGAAGCUCCAGAACGACCUCCACUGCCUAGAAGAAUGGCUUCAGAACAACAAGAAAUGGAGAAAGAGCUCAGCGAAGACAGAUCCAGCGCCACUUCCAACGCAGAUCAGUUCGAAGAAGGGUCUUUCGACGACGUCACUGCCAUUUCCGAUCAGGAAGUCGUCAGUCAAGCACCCUUCGAAGUGGAAGACAGUUCCGAACUACCACAGCCGAGAACAGAAUUCGCUCAGCCAGUUCUUUCGAAACAGGAACUGGACCACAUCGCGUACAUCACGAGCCUAGCCGAAAGAUCAUCUUUCGAAGCUCCAGAACGACCUCCACUGCCUAG